CAGCUAAAGCUCGCAGCCGUAUAUUUUGGGGUCCUUCAGCGUCAGACUGCUGCGUUCUCUAGACAGCAUAUUCGUCGAUGGCGGAUUACGAUAACUACGAUGACCGGGACCGGGCUUACGGGAGCUUCGGAGGAGGGAGAGGACCCCGAGGAGGAGGCGGCGGAGGCCCAGGUGGACCCCGAAAGCAGAAGGAGCUCCCCACAGAGCCGCCCUACACGGCAUACGUCGGCAACCUGCCCUUCAACACAGUGCAAGGAGACAUAGAUGCCAUCUUCAAAGACCUCAGCAUCAGGAGCGUUCGACUAGUGCGAGACAAAGAGACAGACAAGUUCAAAGGUUUCUGUUAUGUAGAGUUUGAUGACUUGGAAUCUCUGAAAGAGGCUUUGACAUACGAUGGCGCUCUGCUCGGGGACCGAUCUUUGCGGGUGGACAUCGCCGAGGGCCGAAAGCAGGAGCGUGGCGCUGGAGGCUUCGGCUUCCGGAAAGACGACAGAGGCCGUGGUGGCUCACGUGGGGCCCGAGGAGGGGGACGUGACUCCAGAGACGACUUCGACCCGUCUGGAGGAGGAUUUAGAGAUGAUGACUUCAUGAGUGGGAGGAGUCGAGGAGGCGGUCGCCCUGGCGACAGAAGGGGGGGCGGAGGAGGAGGAGGAGGCAUGGGGCGCUUCAGAGAUGGACCUCCUCGAGGAGCCCAGACAGACUUCAGAGAACCCUCUGAUGAGGAAAGAGCGCAGAGACCGAGGCUACAGCUGAAGCCGCGCACCGUGGCAGCUCCCCUCAACCAAGUGGCUAACCCCAACUCGGCCAUCUUUGGGGGCGCCAAACCCAGGGAGGAGAAUUAGUAUCUGUGUCAGUGUGGCUGCAUUAUUCCGGAAGGCUAUACUGGAUUCUACUGGCUUUGAUCACCAUAAAAUCUUUCAGAGACUUCAGUGACAUGCAGGCAGGGGCACGAGGUGCUGGUCUCCUCUCGAAUCCAAACGAGCCCUCAUCCGAUUGGCUUAAAAAAGGACGUGGAGGUGGGGGCUCUAGAAAGGGGUGGGGCUCAGUCUUAACUCCGCCUCUGCCUGUCCUCGCUGGCUCCUCCCACACGCCUCAAAGAACCCAAACUUGGAGGACGGCAUCUCCAGGUUGAUUGCGUUUAAGGACUUCGACAUCUCUUUCCCUUCCCAAAGUACCUUUGUGUUUUUGAAUUUGUAGACGCGCGGACGUAAUUGCCGCAGUGUUCUUUUUAUAUUUUGCUCUUUAAAUUUCUUUGCUGUAUUUGAGGAUUAAAACGUUGAGCUUGAUUCUUAAUUAAACCAUUUCAAAGUAAA